ACUUUUUGGGUGUUUUCUUUUCUGAGUGGGCGCGGGCGGCGGCGUGACCUCCAAUCGUCUUUUUGUUUUUUUUCUCGAAUCACGGCUUAGUUUGAGGAAAGACGAAGGAUCACUUGAGUGAUACUCUGGACACCAAUUAGCGGGGAACACACAUGCACUGAUCCCAACCUAAUGGAGUGGCGCCAGCAAAGCACUUUCAGCUGCGCGGAUGCCUUCAAUGAAGCUCAGCGUUGGAUUGAGGAUGUAACAGGAAAAUCAUUUGGCAGCAGUGACUUCCGUGCAGCUCUUGAGAAUGGAGUUCUGCUUUGCGACUUAAUCAACCAAAUACAACCCGGAAUCAUUAAGAAACUAAACCGACACUGUACUCCCAUUGCUGGUUUGGAUAACAUAAAUGUAUUUCUAAAGGCUUGUGGGAAACUGGGACUAAACGAAUCACAGCUCUUUGACCCGGGAGAUCUUCAGGACCUGUCAACUCGAGCAAUAGUCAGGCGGAAUGAAAGCGGUCGAAGACUCAAAAAUGUUCUUAUCACAGUCUACUGGUUGGGACGCAAGGCGUAUCUAGAUGAUUCCUACAGUGGUUCCCAGCUCAACUUCAAGGCCUUCGAAGGGCUCCUGGGGUUGGCUUUGGCCAAGGCUCUUGAUGAGGGCAGUAAUGCGUUUGUGAAAGAUGGUGCUGACCGAGAGUGUAGUCAUCCAGGGAGGACGAUGAGCUAUAAGAGGGAGAAUUCAGUGGACAGCUUCGACUCUUCAGACUCCCGAGCCCCACCUGCAAACAGUGAAGGUUGUGGAAGUGAUGCAGAAGCUGAAGAAGUAUUUAAGACUGAGACAACGCAGCAGCUGGCCAAGGGCUAUAUCCCACUGACACUCCUACAGAGGAAACAAAAAGAAGAAAAUGGAAAGGUCUCACCUUCAUUUACUAGGAGCAAGUCAUUGAGUGAUAUCCCAACUUCACCUGAGGUUUCAGAAGGAAAUGGGUGUAUGGGCAAGGGCCAGAACACGGAAACAGUUAAAAGGAGGAGCCACAGUGCUGCCAGGGACAGUGAGGCACGGUGGCAAGAUGCCUUGACAAAGUGGAAGAACCACCGCAGGAGUACAAAGUCCAAUCUGCGCCGAAGGUCUCUUGACCGAGAACAUGUCAUUAAAAAGAUGACCAAUGGUGCUGUGAAUGACCAUGGAGAGAGGGAAAACCACACUGUGCAGUUAGAAAGAGACCAGCUGUCAGCACAAAGGCACGGCCCUGCCCCACGCUCUCAUUCUGCAUCUCCUCCAUCAAAGUUCUCAAGCUCUUUUUUCUGGACACAAAGUAAAGCUCCACUGACUCGAAGCUAUGCCAUUGAGGUGCCAUUUAGCUUCACCUCCACUUAUGGCCACCAUAACUUUUCACCCACACAGGGAAACUCUGCUGGAACCAUGCCUCCCUCUGAUGGGAAAAUCAUUGGAAAGGAGUCCCAAUUUGCACCGUUGUCAUUAAAUGGAGCAGCAGUAACUACCCCGCUACAAGACAACGCUUUUAGCUCUCAAACCCAGUUCCAAGCCCAAGGUCUUUCUGCUCCUGUUCAGUCUCUAACUGAUGUCAGUCAGCCAGAAGAAGUUGCAGCCCAAAGUACUACUCUAGUUGCACCUGUGUUUCCAAAAAUAUCAGAAUCGGAUAAUAAUGUGGAUAUUGCUGAUGCUUUUGGAGAUUUUUCUGACCAGAAAGGCAUGUCACAAAUUGUGACACAUAAAAGCCCUUGUGAAACAUCAGGAGAUAAAAGUAGAUAUCAGUCAGCUCCUGGCACCAGAACUCAUAUGACCAGAGCUGCUUCUUGGUCAUGCUCAGCCAGCCUUCCUCGUGGCUUCAGACGGUCUGAGGGAUCCUGUCGCCUAUCCUCUGUCAUCACAGCCAGGCCCUUUGAGACCAAGCAGUCCAGGAUGUCUACAGUGCCAAGACGAUGCAAUGUAAAUGACAACCAGAGUCUGAUUUGCGCUACUGAAGAAGAAAGCACACAUUCCCCACCUGCCAGUGCUAUACUCAAAAGACAGACCGCCACUUCUUAUCUAAGAGGUCACCAUCAGGGUACAAUGCAGGCAGCCAACCAUGAAGAGCAGACUGCUUUUGCAAAGGUCAACCUGAGUGACACAAGUGUUAGUCUUCUACCGAACAGUCGAUCAGACUUUGGUUUCCAGCCACAGUGUGAAGCUAGUGGAGCAAGAAUAAAAUGUACUCAUUCAGGCAGCCCAGCGGAACUCUGCCAGCUGUGUGUGGACGACGAGAUCCUGACUGUUGAUGGCGAUCUGGCAGCACACAUGAGCUCCAGCCUUUGGGAGCAAAAAAUGGCAUCUGCCCUGCAAAUUGGCACUCUUACUAUGGAUAUUCGCCGCAAUGAAAAGAAGGGAGGUUCAGAAUCUGCAAUAUCAGAUCUCCAGGUGCCAUCCCUCACUUCCUCCUCAUCCAGCUGGUCAUGGGACCACGAAGGCGACCGCAGGCGUCAGGAGAAGUGGCAGAAAGAACAAGAGCGCCUCCUCAAGGUGCAAUAUGAGCAAGAUAAGCAGAAGCUUGAGGCAGAGUGGCAGAAGGCUCGACACAAUGCGAUUGAGGAGGAGAACUUGGGGAUGAGAAAUGUUGAGAAUCCUCCCAAAGGGAUUCAUUUAAAUAGCUUGACAAAAACAAAGGGACAACAUGGCACUCAGGCAGAUCUGAAUGAAAUAGACUGCACUGAGGGCACCACUGGCUUUGCUCAGCUCUCUCCUGCUCACAGGGCAAAGUCAUUGUCUACUCCAGCAUUAGCUGGUUCAUACAAACAAUCAAAAGAUGAUUUGAGGAAAAGGAAAGGGGAGUCUAUUUCCAAGGCUGAGCAAGAGAGGCAGCAAAUUUUGGAGGAGAUGAAAAAGCGAACUCAGCUUCUGACUGACAACAGCUGGAUACGUCAGCGUAGCAGCAGUUUUUACAAGGAACCAAUCUACAUUGGAAUGCCCCUUAAGAGGUAUGAAUCUCUUGAUACCUUCAGAAGCCCUCAUUCAACCCUUACAGCAGGUUAUCCCCGACCACACUCGGCUGCUGCCAAUUAUUGUGCUCCAAGUAGCCACUCUGCUGCCGGUUACAAUAAUGAUUCCCGGGCACCACAGAGAAGUACCUCCACAGACUCUCGUCCCGGCAGGAUGGUCAUUGGAAGGAGAACUUGCAGUGUGUGUGAAGGUCACCUGAGUAGUGGGCCAGCCAUGGUCAUUGAAGCCCUUAGUCUCUGCUUCCAUUUUGCCUGUUUUCAGUGCGUGGGCUGUCAGCAGUAUCUUGGAAAAACAGAGACUGGAGUACAGGUUCGGGUCCAAAACAAGAAACCAUACUGUGAGCCCUGUUAUUUCCAACUUAAGUCAACCUAUUUCACACCUGUGUGAGAAGAACAAAAAACUCAUUCUUGCAGAGUGAGCUCUGAAUUGGGGAAAACUGCACUGGAGUAAUGCACGGUCUGCAGACAACUUGUGAUGUGGAAACUGAUUAUCAUUAAUUUUUUUGUUGAAUUAACAUAAAAUUUAGGUCAUUAUUUUAUCAAUUUAAAUGUAUAAUGCAAUAAAGAAUUGUUUUAUUUUUAUAAUCGUGUGUCUAACAUUAAACAUACACAUACUACAUACUACAGCCACUUAUUGUCUACAACCACUGUUUGGAAGCACAUUUAAACUUGUACGAGUGCACUUUCGUCCCUUGUAAUGUGACCUCACAAUGUGCACAUUGGUAAGUAUUUGUACUGUGACACAUAAUGAAACUGUAAACUGCAGCAGUUUAAAUGCACUAUUGAGUAUUGUCUGUUUUUACUGGAUUUUUUUCAUUCAUGUGCACCACAAGAGGGCACAUCUAUUCAUCAAAGCAAUGCUAGGGUAAAUCUUUAAUCAUGUACAAAUAUUAGUACGGUGUUGUAUUUGGUCUGCUAUGAACACAUGGAUUCAUGUAAUAACAUUGCAGUAUCCGUGCCGUUUCAAAAAUUAAGAGUACUGCCUUAUCUGUUGUACUUGUAUGUUUGUAAUAAAGUAAAUGAA